AUGCAGGAGGGCGUCGAGCGGGCCGAGGCCGAGGUGUGCUCGAGGGCCUCCAGGACGGACCGCGGGGUGCACGCGCUGGCGACCGCGGUGUGCCUCAAGACGCUCACGCAGCUCGGCGCGGGCGGUGCCGGCGGCCCAGCCUCCGGCGCCGGCGCGGAGCGCGCGCGGGACGAGGCGGCCUGGCUCGCGGAGGUGCAGCGGCACCUGCCGCCCGACCUUGAGGUCGUGCGCUGGUUCCCCCUGCGCGACCCCGAGUUCAACGCGCGCUGGGCCUGCCGCAAGAGGGAGUACUGGUACUACGUGCCCCUCGAGGCGCUGGGCCGCGACGGCGACGGCAGCUGCCGGCCCCAGUGGGCUGCAGGGCUGGCCGCGCCCGCAGACCAGUCGGACGACCAGGAGGAGGCGCGCUGGGCGUGGCUCUCCGGGCUGCCCGACGAGUGCACCGCAGAGGCGGUGCGAGCGCGAGUGGAGGAGCUCCUCGGGGGCAGGGCCGCGGUCGAGCAGGUCGCGCUCGGCGAGAGCCCUGGCUCCGCCCGCCUCUGCUUCCGCGACCGCGCCGACGCGCUGGCCGCCUGCGCGCGGCUGGACGGCGCCGCCGGUCCAGCCGACCCUGGAGGAGCCUCCCGCGGCGAGCCGCUGUGCGCGGUCCCGGAGCCCGUGGCCCGGAGGCAACGCAACCUGUUCGCUCGGCUUCGAAACGCGCUCAAGAAGCUGACAGGGACGCGCUCGUUCCACAACUUCAGCCCUGGCUUCGUGGACGCGUCGGACCCUCGCAGCAUGCGCAGCGUGUACAGAUGCAGGCCAGGCGGGCUGCCCGGCUACCACCAGCAGCUCGGCGGCCGGGCCUUUGCGGUGCUAAAGAUCACUGGCCGGGACUUCCUGUACCGGCAGAUCAG